AGGCGGCCUCCAGCGGUGACCCACGUGGGAGCCGGCGCCCCGGGUCGGCUUCGGCCAUGGCCGCGGCGCGCGCGCGCGUGCUGGCUUGCGCGCUGCUCGCCGCGGCGGUGGGGGCCCCGGCGGCGCAGCCCGCGGCGGUGGCCGCCCCGUGGGCCAGGUCCUGCAGCUCCGUCGACACUGCCGGGGACGCCCUGGCGGGCAUCGACCUCGCAGGGAGGGUGCUGGUCUACACCGGGGCCGACGGCAGCCUGGCGAGCGCCAGCACCCUGGAGCUCGCGAGGGCGAACGCCUCGCUGAUCCUCGCCUGCCGCAGGGCUUCGAAGUGCGCGGCGGUCCUGCAGAGCCUCGCCAGCCGGAGCGGCACCUCGGCGGCGCUCGAGGCAGAGGCGCUCGACCUGUCGUCCGCGGCCAGUAUACGUGCGUUCGCGAGCCGCGUCACCACGAGGCACAAGAGGAUCGACGUCCUCGUGAACUCCGCAGGGAGCUACGACACCUCCCCGACGGAGGACGGGCUCGUCGGCGCCAUGCAGGUGAAUCUGCUGGGCCCCGCGCUGCUCACGGAGCUGCUCCUUCCCGCGCUCCGCGGGCACGGGCGCGUUGUGAACGUGGCCGCCGCUGCGUACGGCACCAGGCUUGCAGCCAACACGACCGCGGCCGAUUUGGCCGCCCUCUGCACGUCCGUGGAUCCGCGGCUGAACCGCACGGGGGGGUACUUCGCUUUGUCGAAGUUCCUGAUGGUGCACCACGCCGUCGAGCUGGCGAGGCGCGAGCCCACUGUCGCGGCGGUCGCGCUGGCGCCCGGCGUGGCCUUCAGGCUGCCGGACGUCCCCAACUGGGCAAAAUACGCGGUCAUGCACUUCCCGUACCCCGAUUGGGUCCUUCAGCAGUUCCCGGCGGAGCUGCAGAAAUUUAUCAAGGUGUGCAGCACUAAUGAGGCCAGGCUGCGCAGCUGCCCGGAGACCCAGGAGCAGGGUGCAGCGGUCAUCGUCGCCGCGGCGGCGUGGCCGGAGGUCGAGUCGCACUCCGGCGUGUACCUGGACUUUGAGACGAAGCAGCUCCCAGAUGGCGCUCCCAACGUGUACGGCCCCUGGACGCAGUCGGACCCCACCUGCAUGCCGCGUCGGCCGGGCGCCAUGGACCCGCGGCUUCGGUCCGACUGGUACGACGAGAUGCUGCGGCUGAUGGGCUCUGGCAGCAGCACGCACCACGGGCCCGGCGCCCGCGGCGCCGACAGCGGCCGCCGCGGCGGCAGCGCGCACAAUUUCGUCGUGUGAGCGGCCGUUCUCCGUGGCUGGUGGGCUCCUGGCAGCAGCGCGCACCGCUGGCCGUUGGCCCUGCGCCACGCUCCGCCAGCCCUCGGGAACGUCUGGGCGACGUACAGUUGGCGAUGCAAUCUGGACGACGACAUCAGCGUGCUGUGCAGUGUUCAGCGUGCUUUGCGCUUCAGUGCGUCGAUGGGACAGGGCUGUCUUUGGUACACUGUCACGACAGAGAUCUGUCCCAUCCAGACUCCGUGCACGCCUGUGCCCUGGAGUGAUGCGGUUUGUCGGCCUUCGGGGGCCGCGCGCGCGCAGCAGAGCAGUGCACGAGUCGCACGAUGUGAUCUUCUGGCCGGAGCGGAGUCUGCUAUGGUGUCUGACGUGCGGGGCUGCCGUAGUACCCAGCACUCGAGAUGCCUCGCUCGGGUGUGCUCCCGGCGCCCAGAGAAGGCGGGAGCCCAGGCUCUGUCUCCCACGUCCAGGGGCCUCUGGCCUGGCUCGUGCCGCUGAGGACGGGGAAAAGCAGGCG